AUGGUCAAGAAUUAUUGGCUGCGGAGAGGGAUAAGACUUAGACCUUGGGGAUCUUGGGAGGGGUACAGCCCAGCCAAUUUAGUCGCUGAAAUGAGCUAUUGUCUCCUGGGAUCCAGGGAUGAUAAUUUCGGUACCCACCUACAUGAUCUCCCACUUAUGUUAACAGGAUAUUUGCAACUUAUACCGAUGCCGAUCACGAGCCAUCCUUACCCGCUCGAGAGGAGGGAAAAAAAAGGACUGUCAACACGGCUGGCUGGAUGUCUUCACGUUUGA